AUGUCUGGAGCCCAGACGUGUCUGCCUUGCUGGUUUCUUCUGGCCAUGUGCUUCAGCCAUCCUUUCAUCAUGGCUGUUGGUUUACAGCAAAACCUGAAGAAUGAGAUGUUCCGUUUCUAUCCCAUGUUGAUGCUUGGAGAAGGCAAGGAAAUGACAAUCGCUCUUUCAAAAGGAAUGCCUCAAAGGUGCUAUUUUGUUCUAAAAGAAAGCAAAACCUCUGCAUUCUUCACAGUGAGAGUAACCCCGUGUGAUAUCCCCAUUGAGUGGAGUAUACGAGUCCCUAAGCCAUCGGCAAACUAUUUUGGGAAAACAAUUUCUGAUCAUUUGAAUGCUCAGGAAGUCCUCCCAUUCCAGAAGGGCUCCAAGUUAGUGCAAACUCUCUUUAGUUAUCGAGGUAAUUCGGUGGAAAGCUACACAGGACCAUCUCAUCAUUCCACAGUCUACGUGCUUGAAUUCCUCUCCAUCGAGAAAGACACCCAGAUUAAAGCAUAUCUGACCACAGACCCUACAUCUAAUGACUUUUAUCCAGAACUGCCUAUGGAUCCCCGCGUUGACGUCAUUGGGAUUGGCCCCACCACGGUAACUCUGACUUGGAAGCAGAGCCCGAGUGUCCUGCCAUCCCAAGGAAACGUUCAUUAUUGUCUCCUGGUGAAUGAAAACUACAACUUCAAGACUUGGUGUGCUGCAGAAACAGCAACACAACCUUCAGGGGUGAAGCUGUCUGCUUCUUUGGGGAUCUUUCCUUCCACAGAUAGCCUCACCUCUCAGGGACUGAAAGCCCAGUCCAAGAGCAAAGUCAGCAUGAGUUACAAAGGUGGCAAUGCCCAGGUGAAACACGUUUGUGUGGGGCUCACAAACACCUACACAGUGUCCCACCUGACUCCCGGCAUUCAGUACUACUUUGAUGUUUUCAUCAUCAAUUUCCUCACCAACACCAGUGUUGCUUAUACCGGAGCCUUUGCCCGAACUCUUGAAAAUCCCAACGUGAGCAAACUGAAGGACGGGAAGGUGAUUCAGUUGAGGCUGGAUGGGAGGAAACAGCCCUUGUACAAUUUGCUGUACCAGGCAACGCAGAGGCAGGUCCAGUUUGCCUUCCAGUCUUGCAGCGGGCAACUCCAAGUGGAAAUAUCCAAGGACGGGAAAGUCCUGAUGUCAGAGAGAUUUGCUGGCUUGAGGCAUUUCAUCCUGAAAGGAAGGUUGGGAGACACCUACCUGGUCCAUCUCUGGCCCACUGAGACUUCAGCUGCAUCCGUGAAGGUUCAGGUGUCCUCUCUCUUCCAUAGGCCUUUCUUCCCAGCUCUCCCAGAGAGCUUAAAGAUCAAGUCCUUCAACAAACUGAGGAGCUGCCAUUCAGUCACCAUCGCCUGGCUUGGAACUCAGGAACUGAGCCAGUAUUGCAUCUACAAGAAGGAGAUUGAGGAGGACCAAGCGUGGGUGGCCACCAGGAAGGUUGAUAGGUGCUCUGGGCCGGAGUUGAGGCAGAAGAGUGAAAAAGUCCUCUGCAAGUUCUUCCACGAUCUCAAUCUGCAACGAGCAGUGACUACCGAAACCAUCAGGGGCCUGGAAGCAGGGACGGCCUACCUUUUUGAUGUGUAUCUCAUUGGGUCCUCGGGGCUUCCCAUCCGCUAUUACAGCAAGGUUGUGAAGACAAGGAAGAGAUGCUGA